UAAUAUAACAUAUAAGUUUAACAUUAUUAAAAUAAAUUUCGUUUUUAAUUACAUAUAAAAUUUAUUAAGGGUAUUAUUUAAAUUAAUAAAUUAUUGAAUCAGUUAAAAACUAAUAAUAAAUCAGUUAUUUAGAUAAAACCUAAUAAAAGCAUGACAAAUAAAAAAAUUAACUAAAAUUAUAGAGAAGAUGACAAAUCAGCAAAUUCACUUCUCAAAUAAUAGUAUAGACAAACAUGUUAAUAAUUUUAUUAAUAAAAAUAAUCUAAAAGCGCAGAUCAAAAUUUAGUGUUUAAUUAUAUUGUAACAAAUAUUCUAUAAGUUCUGAUUUGAUGCAAAAAUUCUACAAGUUUUGGUUUAUUCACAACAUGAUUAUUCACAGCAAUGUAGUAAUUAGUUAAUUACCCUAUACUAGAAUUCAAUUGAAUUCUUCUGGUAAUUCCCUCAUCAACAUUUUUUUGUAUAAUAAAUUUUAAAUUAAUGGAUAUAUAGAAAUAAUAAAUAAAAACAAAGAUAAAGAUCUAGAAAUAGUUUCUUUAUUUAUAGAUAUAUCUUUUAGUUAAUUAUUUUUUGAAGAAAAUUUGGUUUUCCUAUUGAGCUAAGGGUUUGAUCAGACUUUGUUGCUUUAUCUUUUGCCUCCUAUAUAAUAAGCAGAGAGGGCUUCAUGUGUGAAAGUCUCAAACAUAGUUUCUGAGAGUUAUUAGUCUCUUCUCGAACUCUUGAAAUCAAAUUGAUCAAACAUGUGGAGUCAAAAUCCAAGCUUCAGGUAAGAGAUAGACAAUUUCUCGAAGAAGAAAGAUGACAUAUUGUCAAAGGUAUUCGUUGCUGGCGGGUGCGAAUGGUAAAACAACAAGAAGACUCUUUAAAACCUUUUCUCUUCUCUAAGAUUUGAUGUAUUCGAUUAUAUACGUAGCACUUAUUAACAAGGGUUUAAUAAUAUUUGUAACAGGUUUCUCUACGUUUAUCCCAAGGGCGAUCUUCACGCUGAUAAUCACUUGUCUGUGUACCUGCGCGUUGCAAACCCUAAAUCAUUGCAAAUUGGAUGGAAAAGGAAUGUUAGCUUUUACUUCGUCGUGUUGAAUCAUCGCAAUAGAGAGCGCUGCAUAUCUGCCAGUAAUGAAGUUUUAUCCUUCCAGUUCCAUGCUUUGACUCUUUUUUUUUCAACUGUCUUUCCUGAUAUUUUUUUUUUGGAAUAUACAAACCAAUAUGUGAACUCCAGAGCUAGGUUUAGUGUAUAGAUUUCAAGAAGUGUAUAGUGAAGAUUUUUUUUUAUGUGUGCGCAGAUCGAUGGUAAACACGUAGGAAUGUUGUUGAUGCAAAAUUGAUGAAUAAUUUCUUUUUUUUACAGAUGUAGAAAGUAAAGUUUUUGACGCUGAGAACCCAGCAUGGGGCUUCUCGAAGUUAUUUCCCCUUAGCCAACUUAAGGAGGAACGCUUUAUGGGGAAGGAAAGUGUCAUCAUUGACGUCUGCGUUAAUGUGAUUGAAGCUGUGGACGGAGAAAGCAAAUAUGUACCAGAGAAAGAGACUAUGGAUAUCAACGGUUUUCAGGUUUCUGCUUCUCUUGUAAGUUACAAGAAACUGUUUUUCUUUGGUAUAAACAACUUUGCAUGCGUUGUAGGGUUGCUUCAUGACGUAUAUAUUUAGAUGGAUUGACUGUUUGAAGUCGAAGCUUAAGGAUGUUUCCUUGGAGAAGAAGAAAUCAGAUGAUGCUGAUGGGUCUAGAGUCCAACAACUUGAGGAGAGCGUCGAGAAUCUUGAGACGAUGGUGUCUGAUCUCAAAGCGAAACUGGACGAGGAGAAGGCCAAAUCUUCUUCUGAUGAAUUUUUGUUGGUCUAACGAGGCAGCUUGAUGUAAUAAUCUAGUUGUUAGUUUAUUAAGAAGACUCUAAAAUGGUUUGUUUUGUGUUUUUUUUUCUUGCUUCUCAAUCCCAAGAUACGAUAACAUCUCAUAUCUCUAUGACUGGCGGCCUAACUGGAUCCGAGCUUUUAAUCAUAUUGUAACAAAAAUUCUAUAAGUUCUGAUUUGAUCUAAAAAUUCUACAAGUUUUGGUUUAUUCGCGUCUAACUCUGGUAGUUAUUCACAACAAACUUAUUCACAGCAUUCAUGAAUUUACUCGUCGGCCUCACUGAUUCACUAAACAAGCGUCCACAGAGUGUCUCGGCGAGUGAGCUUAGCUCAGCGAACUUACAUAAUAAGGCUUCAAACUAGAUUGGUGACGGAUCUCAAAGUUGAAAAAGGAGAAGGCCAAAUCUUGCGUGUUGGUAAAUUUUUGUUGGUCGACAUGGUUGCUUGAUGUAAAUAACAAGUUGUUAGUUUAUAGAUUUUCUUGAAAGACACUACUAUUUCUUCCUUUCUUUCCUGCUUUUUCUUGCUUAUCUAGAGAUUUGGCUUCUAAAUAAAACGACAUGGUUAUAUCAAUGGUUUCAUUCUCUGUAUCUGAAUCACUUGUAGACGUUUUCGUUGGAUCAUGUUUUAGGUUAAUGCCCAGAUCAUCAAUGUGAGAUGUUCCUCCUCUGUUUGGUCUAAUCUUGAUUCCAAUCCUGAGAAACAAUCUCGAGCUCUCUUCAUGGCAUCCAAAGCGGAAUAGUUGGCAGGAAACAAACAGGUUUCUGCCGCAGGAGUUGAGACCACCCUGAUUAGUAUCUAAAUCUUGUGUUUUAAUUGGUCGUGAAAUUUCUUAAAAGUUAAUAUUCUUUAAUGAAAAAAUAAUAUUAUUUAACAGUUUUUUUUCUUUAGGAUCAUAAAAAGAGAGAAUAUUUUGCUAGGGUUUUGAAGAAGUUUUCCUUUCUUCUUUCUGCGUCCUCUAUAAAUAAAAGAUUUUUUAUGCGUGAAAGUAUCUUCAUACAAAGUUUCUCAAAAAAAUCGUCUUUGCUCGAAAUAGCAAAAUCUACCAGAUUUCUUUUGGAUCAACUAUGUGGGAUCAAAAACCUAGUUUCACGCUUGAGAUAGGUAACUUUUCGAACAAGGAAGCUGUCAUAGCGUCGAAUGUAUUCGAGGCUGGCGGAUGCGAAUGGUAUCUUUCAGUUCAUCCAAAGGGAGUUUCUGGUCGUUUUAAUGGUCACUUGUGUUUGUUCCUCAACGUUGCAAAUCGUAAAUCCUUGCGAACUGGAUGGCGAAGAAGUGUUAAAUUUUGUUUCCUUGUGCUGAAUGAGUCCAACAAAGAGCUCUAUAGAUCACCAGUUGAAAAGGCAAGCAGCUUGUUUUGCGCUUGGAAUCCAACAUGGGGUAUCCGAAAGAUCUUGCCUCUAAGCAUGUUUCAAGAAAAAGGGUUUUUGGAGAAGGACGUACUCAUCAUUGAAGUCUACAUCAAAGUUGUUGAAGCUUUUGAUGGAGAAGACGGAGAUUUUGAUGGAGAAGGCAGAGAUAUCACUGGUUUACAAGUUUUUGCUGAUUAUGUUGCUUCGGUGAAAAAGAUAUUCGAAGAGCAGGUCUUGAAGACAGAUUACAAGAAUGCUCUAAGCAAAGCUUGCAGCAAGUUGAGUGAGCUGGUGGAAGUAGGAUUCAAGCUGGACUGGUUGAAGUCAAAGUUUGAUGAACUUUCCUUCAAGAGGAAGAACGCAGACGGUGUUGAUGAUGAGUCUUUGGUCCAACAACUAGAGGAACGUAUCAAGAAUCUUGAACUAAUGGUAUCAGGCUUCGAGAAAGACUGUUUGAAGUCAAAGCUCGAGGAGUGCAUCAAGAAUCCUGAGCUGAUGGAAUUAGGGUUUAAACUGGACAGUUUGACCUCGAAGCUUGAAGAGGUUUCCUUGGAGAAGAAGAAAUCAUAUGAUGCUGAUGAGUAUUUGCUUCAACAACAAGAGGAACGCAUCAAGAAUCUUGAACUAAUGGUAUCAGGCAUCAAGAAGGACUAUUUGAAGUCAAAGCUUGAGAUCUCCUUGGAGAGGAAGAAAUCACUUGCUGCUGAUGGGUACCGUUUCCAAAAACUUGAAGAAAGCAUUAAGAAUCUUGAGCUGAUGGAAUCAGGCUUCAAGAAGGACUUUUUGAAGUCGAACCUUCAGGAGAUCUCCUUGGAGCUGAAGAAGUCAUAUGAUGCUGAUGAGUCUCGUGUCCAAAAACUUGAAGAAAGCGUCAAGAAUCUUGAGUUGAUGGAAUUAGGGCUUAAACUGGACAGUGUCAAGUCAAAGCUUGAGGAGCUUUCCUUGGAGAAGAAGAAAGCCUAUGAUGCUUCUGAGUCUCGUGUCCAAAAACUUGAAGAAAGCGUCAAGAAGCUUGAGCUGAUGGAAUUAGGGCUUAACCUGGACAGUUUCAAGUCCAAGCUUGAGGAAAUUUCCUUGGAGAAGAAGAUAGCAUAUGAUGCUGAUGAGUCUCGAACCCAAAUACUCGAGGGACGCAUCAAGACCAUUGAGCUAAUGGAAACAGGCUAUAAACUGGACAGUUUGAAGUCGAAGCUUGAGGAUAUUGCCUUGGAGAGGAAGAAAUCAUGUGAUGCUAGUGAGUCUCGAGCCCAACAACUCGAGGAACGCAUCAAGAAUAUUGAGCUACUGGAUUUACGACUCUUUAUCAACUGUUUGAGUUCAAAGCUUGGUAAUACUGAUGAUGAGUUCCAACAACUCGAGGAGCGCGUCAAGGAUCUUGAGAUGAUGAAAGUGGGAUCUAAGCUGGAUUGUUUGAACACAAAGAUUGAGGAAAACGUCAAGAAUACUGAGCUGAUGGUGUCGUGUAUCAAAGUUGAACUAGACAAGAAGAAGGACAAAUCUACUGCUGACGGAUUUUUGUUGGUCAACUAGGCUUAGCUUUGAUGUAGAGACUAGUCUAGAGAGCAUGUUUACGUCGGCUU